AUGGAAGAACCGGAGGAGGAGCCUGAAGAAAACCCUGAAGGAGGCCCUGCCAUGGGUCAGGAGGUGGGACCUGAAGUGGAACUGGAAGAGUAUGUGGUAACUGAUUACAAAUAUGGUGAUUCUAACCAGGAUUUAGAUGAUGGAAAGGAAAUUGAGGAGACACAUAGUGAACCCCACCUAUUGGAAGCCCCAUCAGAUCCACGAACGCCGAAGCUAUGGCUAUACGAGCUGGAAAAGGGAAGAGGUAAUCACCCAAGAGGUGAAUGA